CCAAAUAGCCAAAAAGGGAGAUGUGGGCUAUGAGCCUUGGAGCACCUGCCCCUCUGUGGGGCCCACGGGCGGGCAGCAGGCAGGCAGCCCUAUCUCUAUCCCUCUCCCAUAUAAGUUGUUGGCGUGGUUUGCUUCCACACUCCUGCCGCUUGAGCUGGACUCGUCUGAUCGUCUCCCUCCCUUUCCCCAACCCUCCACACACCUAUCUCUCUUUCUCUCUCUCUCUAAACUCACGUACUCUCCAAGAAACAGAGCAAGACCAGCAGGAAGCCAUCUCGAUCAAGAUCAGACCAGGAUCAGAGGAUGGAUUCCUCCGAGCAGAAGAUGAUCGGGAUCGCGGUGGCGGUGGAGAUGGGGAGGCAGUGCUGCGUCGAGUGCCGCACCACCGCGACGCCCAUGUGGCGCGGCGGGCCGACGGGGCCGAGGUCUCUUUGCAAUGCUUGCGGGAUCCGGUACAGGAAGAAGAGGAGGCAAGAGCUAGGUCUUGACAACAAGAAACAGCAGCAGCCGCCCCAACAGCCCCAACAACAUCAAGAUCACAGUGAGGCAACAAGUGCAGUAAAAGACAGCAACAGCAGCAGCAGCAACAACAAAAGCAGCAGCCUCCAAGUGGUGAAGAAACGGAGGGUCCUGAUGGGAGUGGAGGAGGCUGCAAUCUUGCUCAUGGCCUUGUCCUCCUCAUCCAGAUCCACACUGCUACAUGGCUAAGAAAUCAACACCACUGCUUGCAGCUCAAUGUACAUGCUUGGCGCAGGACACAAAACGCAAACAGACCACCCAAUGGUUCCAAGCCAACCAUGUAACUUUCGUGGAUUAUCAGGAUGGUAAGGCCUCUAGCAGGAUGAAGCUGAUGUGAAGGGCUGGAUUUGUUUUCUGGAUUCAUCCUCUUGUGUAGAUCUCUCUGAUCUUGUUGUGCCGUGUAGCAUUCGAACCCGAAAGCGAAGGCGCCUGGGAGAAGAAAUGUUUGUCCUACAGGGUGAUGGUGGUGGCCAUUGGCUCUGUGUUGUACUGUUGUUGAUAGGCUCCUUGUGAUUAGCUAAAAGGCCCUUUUGCCUA